AUGCCUCACGGCUUCGAAGACAUUGAAGAUGCGGACGACAUCUUCCACGACCCUGUGCCGGAUGCCGACAAGGAAUCAAAGAAACAAGUCAAUGGAGAGCUGAAACGCAAGGCUGAUGAUGCAGAGGAAAGGGAAGAGGAAGAGGAGGCAGAUGACAGUGACGAUGAAGACAUCGAGAACGAGGAACCAGUAGCUUCUAAAGACGUGGAUGAUGAUGUGGAAGACGAGGCCAAGGGCCGAGCAAAAGGCGAAGACGAGUACGAGGAUGAAGAUGACGAGGACGACGAGGAAGAAGUUGCCGAGUACAGCGUCGAGGCCAUUCGAGACCACAAAUUCGUCAGGGGCGUGGUGUACUACUACAUCAAAUGGCAAGGCUACAGCGAGAAGGACAAUACCUGGGAACCUGAAGAACACUUAUUACCACAUGCCCGACAACUCCUCGCAGCUUACCACGAGAAAUUAGGCGGAGCUCCAGUCCCACCUACCAAGAGGACAAAGUCCAAGCAAAAGUUGCGCGAACAACCCUCUUCCGAAGACCUUGCCCCGCCCCCGAAGCGCCGGAGGCGCAAGGGCAAUGACGAUGUCUCCGCAAGUCCUGCUGAAGAGACUGAGCUCGGCACGUGGCUUCCCAACAAAGAAGACUGGGAGGGGCUGGUGGUGAAAGUCGAAACGGUGGAACGAGACGAGACAGGACAAUUGCUCGCCUACAUCAGCUUCAAGAAUGGCAAACGGUCCAAAGUCGGCAUGGACAUGGUCUACAGGCACUGUCCCCGCCCGAUGCUCAAGUUCUACGAAGAACAUUUGAAGUUCAAGUAA